AUGACCAAGGACACCGUGCUGAUCGCCGCCUCCGUGGCCGCGCUGCUCGUGUUCUCGGCUGCCACGUUCCUGUGCUCCAAGCGGCGCAGGCACGGCCGGCGCGCGCCGUCGCAGUCCCAUCGGCGCGACGCGGCGGGCGACGACGUGGAGCUGGGCCACGGCCACGGCGAGGCGCCCGGGCUCGACGACGCCGCGCUGGCCGCGUACCCGACGCUGCUGUACUCUUCGUCGUCGGAGAAGGAGAAGGAGAAGAGAAGGAUGAAGAGACGGAGGGGCCGCGCGACGGCGCCGGGGAGACGGCAGCGGCGGCAGGCACCUGCACUUUAG